AGUAGUUCGAGGGCAUCUCCCUCGAUCUCUAGCAAGCAAUUGUCAUUUUUUUGGAGCUGAUGCAUGAAUGGUACAUAGAAGCUUUGUCCUAAUAUGAGUAGGGCACUAUCAGCACUUAAAAAUGAAGAACUAUCAUCAAGAUGAACAACCAGCAACAGUUUUUACAGCAGCAGGGGCCACAGCAGCAGCCACAGCAACAUCCGCCAUCUGUUCCCCCAUUGGUUCAACAUCCUCCUAAUGCCCAGCAGUUCAUUGCAGUGAACCAGGGGGGAGGUGUCCAGCAGGGGGCUUUGGACCAGCCCCUCAUAGGUCAGCCUCUUAUAGGACAGCCUAUGGUGGGGACCAGUGGUAGCUUUCCAGGUGCUGUGGUGAGCACUGCUAGUUUCCAAGGAGGAAUAAAUCUUACUAUAUCAAAUGGGGCCAUCAAUAUUCGACCCUCUACCAGUGGGAGUGGGGUAGCUAUGUCCAGGCCUGAUGAUGGCACCCCCCUUGUAAUCCCUCAAACUGCUUUGGUGGCGGCCACCAUGGGUUCUCAGAUGACUCCUGUGAUGACUACUUCUGGUCUCCGCCUGCCCACAUCACUACAGCCUGGCCAACUGGUCAACCUAAAGAUUCCCAAUGUCAGAUAUCCACCAGGCUCUCAAGUAGUGCUGGCCCAGCAGCCAGUCCAUACAAUCAGACCGAGUGCACCAGGAGCUCCAGUGGGUGGUACCAAGCCAGUGCAGGCCAAUGCUGUACCAGGGAUGCCAGCCCAGAGUGUGUCUGUUCAACCUGCUCAGUCACAGCCUAUCCCCCUAGCACCUAAUAUAGCUCCUCAGGUGCAGAGGACACCAUCACCCAUCGUGUCCACCACCAGCGCCACUAGCACCACCACCUCUGCGGUGGCACCACAGGUCAGUGUGGCACCGGUGGCACCAAUCACAGCAGAAACGUCAACUGGGCUGGCAACAGUUGCACCUAGUGCUCAGACAGACGGUACAGAUGGGUCAAAGUUAAUAGGAGAACCACAGGUGAAAGUUGACAAAAAGGAGCCCCCAGAGAAUGGUGAGAAAAGUGAGAAUAAGAUGACAACAACUAAUGUAACUACUGCUGGUGCUAGUGCUGUGAACAAAACAGAUACAAUACCAGGGGAUUUUGAUGCCAUGGACUCGUUAAAGUGGGAGAAUGGGAUUGGAAUAUUACCUGGAAGUGACCUCAAGUUCCGUAUGAAUGAAUUUGGAGGACUAGAAGUAGUGACAGAUGAUGUUGAUGUUGAGGGAGAGGAUCUUAAGAAGGACAUAAUACAAGAAGAGGGGAUGGAUGCUGGGUUUGAAGACUUGGAGGACAUCAAGGAAAAGUUGAGUGUUAGCAGCACUGAUGAGAUAUGUCGGUGUGAAAAUUGUGGUUGUUAUGGUAUUGCCAGUGAGUUUUGUAAUUCUGGCCGAUUCUGUAGCAAGUCUUGUGUGGGCAUGUAUGCUAGCAAGAGAGGUCUUCUUGCAAAGAAAGGGCUGAUUCCCAAAGCAAACAGCGCUGAAGGAUUGAAGCUAAAGAAAAGGAAGAGGGCUAUGAUGGCUAGUGUAGGAAAGGAACUUGUCACCCAAGCAAAAUUUGCCAAGAGACAGGAAGAAGAGAAUGUUGCUGCUAAGACCAAUGGGAAUGGACCUGGAAGAAAAAAGGGUUUUAAUUGGCAAACUUACAUGGAGCAGGAAGGAUCAGUGGCUGCACCAGAUAGGUUGUUUGUAAAUGCUUUUCCACAAAAUAAGAAUAGCUUCAGAGUUGGUAUGAAGCUGGAAGGCAUUGACCCCAAGCACCCAUCAUUGUACAGUGUUCUGACUGUGGCAGAGGUCUGCGGCUAUCGUCUACGCCUCCAUUUUGACGGCUACUCUGAAUGCUAUGAUUUCUGGACUAAUGCAGACUCUCCUGAGAUCUUUCCAGCUGGAUGGUGUGAGAAGAGUGACAAAGAACUACAGCCGCCUAAAGGGCUUGGAUUUACACCACAGACUUUCAAUUGGAAUCACUACUUGAAGUUGUCCAAGGCUUCACCGGCACCAAAACAUCUUUUUAGUGUACAACAAGCAGCUUCUGUUACACCACAUGGCUUCAGAAUAGGAUUAAAACUGGAAGCUGUAGACAAGAAAAAUACAGCUUUAACUUGCGUUGCCACAGUGGCAGAUGUGGUUGGCGAUCGUCUUCUAAUCCAUUUCGAUGGUUGGGAAGACAUUUAUGACUACUGGUGUGAACCCACUUCCCCUUACAUUCACCCUGUGGGAUGGUGUCAAGAGAAUGGAAAGGCACUCUCACCACCAAAUGACUGUAAAGAUGUGUCCAGUUUCACGUGGGAGGAUUAUUUACGACAAACCAAAUCCCAACCAGUUCCCUCUAGAGCAUUCAAAGCUUACCCGAGCAACCCUGAAUCGUCAAAAGACACUAUUGUCACACUUCAGCGUCCCCCUCUGAGAUUUGAAGCUGGCUACAAACUGGAGGCAGUUGACAAGAGGAACCCGAUCUUGGUACGGGUGGCUACAGUAGCUGAGGCUGAAGAUUACCGUGUAAAGCUGCACUUUGAUGGCUGGUCUGAUGUGUAUGAUUACUGGGUGGACGAUGACUCCCCAGAUUUACACCCUGUUGGCUGGUGCAGCAAGACAGGACACCCACUGCAGCCACCUGUUGGUCCUGCAGACUUAAUUGUGAAUGAAGAUGGCAGUGGGUGCCCCACUCCAGGCUGUAAGGGGAUUGGACACAUCAAGGGAGCCAAGUACAUUGGACAUCACAGUGCUUUUGGGUGUCCAUACUCUAAUCUGAAUAUGAACAAGGAAACCGCACUGGCAGACAGACUGGGACCUACGAGAACAGAGCUGGCAGAGAUGAAAGCCAGAAAACUGAGUAUUUCUCCUGAUGAAAAGAAGUGCCCCACUUCUGGUUGUGAUAGUUCUGGCCACAUAACAGGCAAAUACACCUCCCAUCACCGCAUCUCUGGCUGCCCCCUGGCAGAACAGAACAGAAUCAAAAUGGAGGAAGAGGGUUUGAUGAACGGAACAGGAUACGAGAGGGAUGAUGACUAUCAACCUGUGCGUCUUACAUACAAAAAGCUGCACAACAAAAUACCUGGGAAACGCGGAAGAAAAAAGCAUAAAUUCCAUGGAAACAGGCGUUUACUGAAGGAGGAAUACAGAGAACCUAAAGUCUACUCCUCUAUUCCAGACAUGCAUGCCCUCCACCAGGGUAUCCACCAGUCAGUGUUUAUGCCCCCGUCAGCCCCUACUCCCAACAAAGACAUGCCCCUGUGCUGGGAGCAACAUUCCAAACUGUUGCCUGGUGUAGACAAGAUCCUGGGGGGCCAGGUGGCCAAGUGGAGCAUUGAUGAUGUGGCCAACUUCAUCAGGACAUUGCCAGGAUGUAUGGAACAAGCUAAUGUCUUCAAAGAAGAGCAAAUUGAUGGCGAAGCCUUCCUAUUACUGAAUCAGGCAGAUAUUGUGAAAAUUAUGAACAUAAAGCUUGGCCCAGCUUUGAAGAUAUACAAUAGCAUCGUCAUGUUUAAGAAGACUGUUGAAUUAUAGGUCAUUGGUGGCUUGAAAAAGGUGCUUAGGCCAACACCAACUUGUUUUUACAGAGACUUUUUCGCCAUAUUGCCAGCUUGGCAUUUCAUAAUUUAGAUAUCAUAUGGAGUAUAUAGAAAAGAGGAACAAGACUGCUCAAGUAGGACGUAGAGUGCUUGUAUGUGAUUAGACUUCUUUAAUCUGGAAAGGAAGAUAGAAGUGCUUCAGUUUCCAUUGUUUUUGCCUUUCACUGCUUAAAUCUUUAUGCAGAGGUGUCUUAAAUUGGAAUUAUGCUGCACACAUGUAUAUACAUUUUAGUAUGUACAGCAUUCACAGUUGUGGAAGUAGAAGCAGUACCUAUUAAAUAGAAUCAUCAAUAUCAGUGAGAAUGUGCUUUAAUUUUAUUGGGAGAAAACUGAUAAUGUUUUACAUUUAUUUACAAAACAAAUCUUUUUCAUUGGUUGAUUAUACCAUUUCUAUCUAUAUGAAUUAUAGCAAUAUGUAAAGGGAGUACUACUGGUAUUUUGAACCAUUGUGCAAUAAACUGUCUCUAGAUUAUCUCGAGGUCUCUGCUCGUAGUUUUGCAUAAAGGAAUUGGUUGGUUUAUGUAGUGGGUGUCAGUUUAGGACAUGUCUAAACAAUUCAACCACUUACUUGGUUAUAUUAGGAUUUCUAUAGUAACUACCAGUUUGUUUCCUUUUCAAUGAAAUCAAGUUAUCAUGUUUCUCUUUUGAUGCUUGAUAGGAAUCUACAUAUUUCAUUGUAACAUUUUUUGAAGCUAUUAUUUAAUUAUUUCUCUAAGAGAGAUUAAGUUUAUAUAUACUUGAGGGGAUUUAUUGAUGACAAUUGUAAAUAUUUGUGGAAGAGGUGACUAUCAAUCUUUUCUCUGUACAUAUCUAGAUAACCAAUAAAUCAUUUUAUCCCAGGAAA